CGGGUGCUGGCGGCGCCAUUGGAGCCGGCUUGGCUUGCGAGCUCCGCUGAGGAGCCGGAGGUUGGGCCGCGUUUACAGCCGCGUCCACUCCUGGUCCUUGGCCCCUGAGCGGCAUGGCGUGCGGGGCGACGUUGAAGCGGCCGAUGGAGUUCGAGGCGGCGCUGCUGAGCCCCGGUUCCCCGAAGCGGCGGCGCUGCGCCCCUCUGCCCGGCCCCACUCCGGGCCUCAGGCCCCCGGACGCCGAGCCGCCGCCGCCGCUUCAGAUGCAGACCCCGCAGCCGACGCUGCCGCAGCCCGCCCCGCCCGGCAGCGAGCGGCGCCUUCCAACGCCCGAGCAAAUUUUCCAGAACAUAAAACAAGAAUAUAGUCGUUAUCAGAGGUGGAGACAUUUAGAAGUUGUUCUUAAUCAAAGUGAAGCUUGUACUUCAGAAAGUCAGCCUCACUCCUCAGCACUCACAGCACCUAGUUCUCCAGGUUCCUCCUGGAUGAAGAAGGACCAGCCCACCUUUACCCUCCGACAAGUUGGAAUAAUAUGUGAGCGUCUUUUAAAAGACUAUGAAGAUAAAAUCCGGGAGGAAUAUGAGCAGAUCCUCAAUACCAAACUAGCAGAACAAUAUGAAUCUUUUGUGAAAUUCACACAUGAUCAGAUUAUGCGACGGUAUGGGACAAGGCCAACAAGCUACGUGUCCUGAAGCUUUCUUGCAUAUCUGGGUACCAGGUUUGACCUCAAGAGAUGGCUGCUGUACACUUUUUGCAACUGGUUUGAUAUCACAUUUCAGCUCCAACUUUGCAUCCUGAGAACACUUAAACGUUUUCUGCAGGUCCAUUUUAUACAACUUGAAAGACCUUAAAACUUUCUGGUUGCCACAAGCAUAUCUUUCUUUUCUGCUCAUCCAAUAAACAGCUGUGCCCUACUGUGAUAGAUUUUCCAAACAAAAAUACCUGGAGCAGCAGUUUAGCAAAAUAUGCCCUCAGUGGCACUCAACAAAUGGAGUUUCCCCAAGCACAGUCUGUAAGAAGUGUGUGUGAGAGUGUGUGUUUAUGUGUGUAUGUGUACUUUAAGUUAUUAUUUGUAUUGUGCAAAUUUUUUUGAUCUUGGGGAUUCUGGCUGUGAAUUUGAUGCACGACAAUUAUGGUUAAAAACAUUUGCUUGGUCUACAGAGGAUCAUUAAUGUUUUGUGACCAUACAGGUUGUAACAGUGGAUUAUUUUACAUGUAGGUAUUAUUGUUAAAUACAGGGACUGUUUCCGGGCACAGAAUAAGAAUCAUAAGUUAGGAUGGACUUUAGAUGUGAUUAUGACAAUAUAACAAAGUUCUGUGGUCCUAGAUCUACAAAUGUGGUGAGGAAUUAGAACAAAGUGGAGACAGGCCAUUUGACACAUGGACUCUGCCUAGCCCUCUUAGAAAAAUACUUUGACUCCAAGCCUUAAAAUACCCACGUGGAGUCUGUGUUCACCUCAUUCACACAAAGAGCUCCUUGGACACUGAACCUCUUAAAAAGAAAACGUCUCCCCAGGAGCAGGAGCAUCAGGGUUCGCUUGGGAGCAUAACAGGUGAGCACCGGGCUGGGCCAGGCCCCAGCGGCAUUGCUACUUGGAGGAACCACUUUUGUAUCAGUUAUUCAUAGAAUUUGAAUCCUUUGGUCAGGUUCCCCCAGCUUUUAAGAGGUGUCCAUGUUCAACUGCUUAAGCUUUGUUUUGGCAACCCCUGCCCGAAAUUGCUUACAGGCUGUUCUUCACCUUGUUUCCAAGGCUGAGGAACAGAAAGUAGCCUCUGUUUUGAGGAGGUGGAAGUUAAGUAUACAUUUAUUUUUUACUGUGACUUGUUCAGGACCACAUUUUACAAAAUGCCUUGUUUCCUUUAUUAUUGUUUCUAAAAAGGAAAGUUCAGUUAAAAUUGUUUUAGUUUGAAUAUAGAAUAGUUUUUUUAAUUAGGGUUAUUUUGGAAAUUUCUGAGUUUAAUUCAAAUGUAUGCCAAUACCUUCCAAAGGUGAUAUUCAGAGACAGUUGUUCUGAUCAGAUGGCUUAGAGAAAUUUCUGGAAUAUUCACAUUCGAAGAUUCCUUAUUAAUGAAUGUCUUUGACUUAAAUCUAACCAAAAACUGCAAUGUUAUUCUUUGUACAUUUUCAUUAUAUAGUGUUAACAAGCUUAGUUGCAAACAAAUAAAAUACUUAAGCUAUUUGUUUACCUUGCCUUCUUAAUACUGUGAUAAUGUUUAUUCUGAUAACUUAAGUGAGACUGCUAUAGCAGUUCGCCAGUUCAACAUUACAUUUAAGAUUUAUAGACUUUUUUUAGAGCCUUGCAGUGAGUUUUUAAUCAUUAAAGAAUUCCUUUAGUUCAUAUUUGAGGGGCAGUUUGUUUCAUCUCUUCUUUUCCCAGGAUAGUCACUUGUUCACGGAAGGAAGAGCAUAACAGUGGUUGUAAUAGGAGUGGCCUAACAGUAGGAUAGUUACACCAAAACAAGGGAAGGACAGCAAUGGGGCCAUCAGAAGUCCUGAAGGAUGGACCAGGAGUGGGGAACUCAGCCUCUCUGAAGUCAUGUUACAGAAUCAGUAUGAUGUGCUCACUCCCUCCCUAUUCUUACUAAAUAGUUUCUGGCUAGGAAGCAGAGUAGGUUUUUACAAGGAUGAUGACAUACACCGUCACACCGCACCCUGUGUUUGCCUAUUGUUUAUAUGUUUGCUGUUUGGAGCCAAAGGGUAAGACCACAUACCACCAUAGGACAUUCUCAAAACAAACUAGACAUACUUGUUUAGUGGCAAAUCUAGAGAAAAGACAGUUCGUAGGCUAGAAAGGGAGGUGCACCUUAGACUAGCGAAAGAAGAUAUGUUCCCUAGAUAGUGAUUUGUAGGGCUUAAACUUCAGGGCAUUCCCAGGUGGGGAAAUAUCUUAGUCCAAUGGAGAUAGGUCAAGGCCCAGGGAAGAAAUCAACAAAUACUAUUAUAAGCUUCUCCAAGGAAAGAUUGUCAGAUGUUACAAGAAUUUGGGCCAACAUGGUCAGUCUUUUGUGCCCACUAGGAAGGGUAGGUAGGCUAGUAUAUAUUAGUUAAAGAAAUGACCUUGCGUGUCCUUCAAACUGGAGUUUAGUCCAUUCUGCCUCUACUUCUUUACGUGAGACUUGCCAAGCUACUGAACUUCUUGAGCUAUAGUUUCCUAUUUCAAGUUUGGGUUUUGUUUUCAAAUGUGAGAUAAAAUGAAAUAUUCCGUGUAAAGGAAAUGUUUAGUACAGCAUGGUAUAUAAGAGAUUGUGCACUUGGAAAUUACAGGAGGUUUCUUUACAGUGGUCAUCAGAUCUGAAGGCCAAAACCUUCCUUUCUGUAUCAGUGAUUCUCAACUUUCCAAUAUGAUCAGCCCUUUGUUAACAUCAAAAUCUACAUUCUUAAUAGAAUUUGUACGUUUAAGUGUUUGACUAAGAAAAAAGAAAACAUGAAUGACAAAUGAAUUCAGUAAUUUCUUUGAGUGAAUCUUUUGUUAAUGACUGUAGCCCAAGUUAUCAAAUUGCGACUUGUUUCUUUAACAGUUUUAUCCCAACAUGCCAUACCUCCUGUUAGUUGACUAUGGCUAUUUUCACACUGCUGCUCCAGACUUGAGUUUUGACAGAGAGAAUAUGGCCACAGAGUUGGAAGUACUUACUCUCUGGCCCUUUCAUUGAAAAUUUUGUGGGCCACUACACGGUAGUAUUGACACACAUUCGAGAGAGCAUACAGACAAAGGAAAACUUGGCACAUACUGGACUGUUGGACAUGUGUGCUAAUCUAUCAUUCUUAGGAUAUGAAGUGUGGCAAAAAAAAAAAAAAAACCUUAAGCUUAAAAAUAAAAACUACCAUUUUAAAGAAAAAGCUAAUGUGCAACUUUUUAGAGCAAUGAUUUUCGAGGAUGGGAAUGGGGACCAUACUACUGGGAAAAAGGUUUAGAGUAACUAUUUUCUCUUCAACAUACUUAAAUUUGAAAUUUUCAUGUGAAAAUGUUAGAAUGUUUACUAGAAGAUAGCAUGGGUUUAAAGAUAGUUUAAUACCAUUUUUACUGAACAGUGAUUGCCCUGGUGAGUCUCUUUGAAAACAGCUUCAGAGAGUGUGUGGAGAUGCAGAAAGCUAUGAAUUGACGGGCUGUGCACAGGAACCCAAAGGCAGGAAAAGUACUAAACUUUGCUGAGAAUCCACCCUGGGAAGGACUGCCUUCCAGGAGCUCUAAUCUGGCUCCACCCACCGUGCUCACAUGGCUGACUUUAUCCUCUGUGUUCAUUUGGCACAGCAAGUGACGGUGUUUCCACCCACCAUAAUGGUUAUACCAUACCUGCUUGUGGCUUUCACCCUCAUCCAUUAGGGCUUUGGUUCCUCAGGCAAAAGUUUCCCAUUCAAAUACACACACAGUUCUGUUCCACACCAUUUGCCUAGUCAGAGCAACGGCUUCAGUGUCCUAGCUACUCUCAGGAUCAGGAGUCCAUCCAAUCAACCAUAUGCUAGAAGCCAUGAUGGCUUGGCCGGUCUUGGCAUUCUCGUCAAGCUUGUCAGUAAUGACAAAGUCAACAGUAAUGACAAUGUUCACACUAGGCUUCUCAGCUUCGGAUAGCACAUCUGUGGCAACCUUGGCGCUUCAUCAAGCAAAAUCUCCAUAUUGAGCACCUCAAGGAAUGUAAAAGCUAUUCCACACCAAUAAUCAUCUCAUUGACUUGUCUGGCAUAUAUUGAUCAGCUGGGUCUUGUCUGCAAUUUUAGCUCCACCCAGGAUAGCCAGGAAGGGUGUCUCCGGGCUUUACAA